AUCACGUUUAUCGGACUAUAGUCUAAAAGACAUUAAUUAUUAAUUAGUGUUGAAUUCAUAGUCACGUUGCGUUCAAAAUAUUAAGUUCAUAUUAACCAAUAUUCAAUUACUAAAUACCUAUCAAAUUAAGUUAUCUUUUAGUAUUAAGUAGUUUAACUGAACAUAAAAUGUCUUCAAUGGCGGCGCUAAAAUUGUUCAGAAGUCAACUCGUCAGAAAUGUUUGGCGUUUUAGGAGCACUGGACAAACAUUAUACCGACAGAAUAAUGUGCUAUUGUCAUCGAGUGUGCCCAUUAGAAACUUUGCAUCUAAUCCCAAUUUGGAUAAUAGUGUGAAUGAAGAAAAUCCAACUGCAGAAAAAUUGGAAUUUCAAGCAGAGACUCGUAUGCUGUUAGAUAUUGUUGCUAAAUCAUUAUAUUCUGAAAAAGAAGUUUUUAUCAGAGAAUUGAUUUCAAAUGCCAGCGAUGCUUUAGAAAAAUUACGUUAUGUUAGUUUAAAAGCAGGCGAAUCUCAUGAUUUUGGAAGUUUAGAUAUAAACAUAACCACUGAUAAGACAAAUCGAAUAUUGACAAUUCAAGACACAGGAAUUGGAAUGACUAGAGAAGAGUUGAUUUCAAAUUUGGGUACUAUUGCUAAGUCUGGUUCCAAGGCAUUCUUACAAAAUAUUCAACAAAAUGAAUCAGCAAAUUUAUCAUCAAUUAUUGGUCAAUUUGGUGUUGGUUUUUAUAGUUGUUUUAUGGUGGCCGAUAGAGUGGAAGUUUUCACUAAAUCUAUGAACCCCCAUGCCACUGGAUACUUAUGGAAAUCAGAUGGAACUAAUGAAUAUGAAAUAAUAGAGUCUGAUAAUAUAGAGAGGGGUACAAAAAUAGUCAUGUAUCUUAAACAAGAUUGUCGUGAAUAUGCUUCAGAAGACACUGUUCGUAGUGUUAUUAAUAAGUACAGCAAUUUUGUAAAUUCUCCAAUUAAGUUAAAUGGUUCUGAAAUUAAUACUAUACAACCAUUAUGGUUACUUAAUCCUAAAUCUGUUUCCAAAGAACAACACGAUGAAUUUUACAAAUUUGUAGCAAACACUUAUGAUAGACCAAGAUUUGUGUUGCAUUAUUCUGCUGAAGCUCCAAUUCAAGUGCGUGCAUUGCUUUACUUCCCAGAACUAGCACCAGGUCAGACUGAUUUUUAUGAUAGCUCAACUAAAGGUGUAUCACUUUAUACUAGACGUAUAUUGGUUAAAAAAGAAGCUGAACAUGUAUUACCAAAAUGGCUUCGUUUUGUAAAAGGUGUUAUUGAUUCAGAAGAUAUACCAUUAAAUUUAAGUAGAGAAAUGUUACAGAACUCUUCAUUACUUAGAAAAUUAAACCAAUUAUUGACAAAUAAAAUUGUUAAAUUUUUACAUGAUAAAUCUGUAAAAGAUCUUGAUGAAUACAUGAAGUUUUAUCAGGACUAUGGUGUGUUUAUCAAAGAAGGAGUUGUGACAAAUGACGACCCCAAAGAACGAGAAGAUCUUGCAAGUCUUUUAAGAUAUGAAUCUUCAUACACUAAACCUGGUGAAACAACAUCAUUUGAAGAUUAUAUGAAGAGAAGACAAGAAGGUCAAAAUGAUAUUUACUAUUUAUCUGCUCCUAACCGUGCUUUAGCAGAAAGUUCCCCAUACAUAGAAGCAUUAAAGAAGAAAAACAUUGAAGUUAUUUAUUGUUAUGAGCAGCAUGAUGAAAUCAUUUUGUAUCAAGUAAAAACAUUCAAGAAUGUCAAACUUACGUUAGUAGAAAAAGAAAUUAAUGCCGCUAAUAAUCAAAGUUCUCAAGCCGUUGAUUUAGGAAUUGAUAGUUUGAGUCAGUUACAAUUAGAUUCUUUAAUACCUUGGAUUGAAUCCGUAUUGGGUAAUAAAGUAAAAAAGGUAAAAACAACCGGACAAUUAGAAAGUCAUCCUUGUGUAAUCACUGUUGAUGAUAUGACAGCUGCUAGACAUUUCAUUAAAACUCAACUAAAACAAAUGGACGAAGAGAUGUUAUUUUCAGUUCUUCAGCCUCAACUUGAGCUAAACCCCAAACAUGCAGUCAUAAAGAAAUUGCAUACACUUAAAGAUUCAAAUCCAGAAUUAGCUAAAUUAAUUGUGGAACAGUUGUAUAGUAAUUCAAUGGUGACAGCAGGCCUCAUCAACGAUUCCAGAAAAUUGGUAUCCAAUAUGAAUCGUGUCCUAGAACUAGUAGUUGAAAAAUACUAAAUUAUUGGUUUUGUAGACACUUCUAAUUUUGUAAAUAUUAUCAUGAAUAAGUAAUAUAUUGUUUUUUUUUAGUAA